UGCUGACCACCCGUUCCAGAGCUUCGCCCCGGUCAUCUUCCUCGCACGCGGCCCGUCUUUUCUAUAUCUCAUCAAGCGGGGGACGGAUCACCUGCAUGGCACGAAUACACGAUACUGUCAUAAUCUGAUUAAUUUUGCUCUCGCAGGCCCAGGUGAGCCCUCCUGGUUGCGGCGUCCUUGUCGCGGCUGCAGUUGGCUGCUUGCUGCCAAGUCUGACUGGCUCCCUUUCAUCGUGGGACUCAGGUAACGCUGGUUACUCUGGAUGGUUCGACAGGCCCAACACAAUCUGUGCUAGUCUCGGAUUUUAUCGCGCAGUGAUAGCUGCGUGGCUUGUUCUAGCGGUCACUGUAUUUUCACGUGACGUGACAAAGCGCGCCUCCAAACCGAUUUCCGAGACUAGAUCCCAAGUCUUGAACUACUUGACUUGCACUUCGACUAAUUGGCAUCUUCAGCCAUCGAAGCUACGAAAAAUUAUGGAUUCCAUGUCGCUCCCGUUUCAUCGUAUCUAAAGUCUAGACAGUCACACCUUAUCAUUGGAUCGCGCCAGGCCUCCAAUUCAUGUCUACACAAUGGGGUCUGAAAGUCCGACUAGAAGCUCCAAAUACACUCCAGUCCACAACCCUUCGGAAGAAACCCCCCAUACCCAGUUUGAUGCCAUUGGAACAAGAAUUGCCGGUCAGAACAGGGAAGCUUCAGUAAACUGCUCAGAUAUUUGGCGAUGGUAUAAAGUGCAUAAGGAAGAAGAACCAAUUGCCCAUCCCACUUCGCGACAGUCGAAAAUCAGUCGGUUUUCGAUGCGAUCAUAUGGAGAACCUCCUGCCUGGUUGACACUUUCCUCUUUUGGACACCCGCGUUUCGACGCUGCGAGCGGCUGAGCGGGAGACUUGGACUGGACAGGAAUAAGCAGAGGAACGUCUGGCGAAAAUCGAGCGACAGGAUAAGAAGCACGAUAACCACCUAUUACCCGUCGGUGUCAAGCGCCUCACGCAUGCAGAAUAAGGAUAAUUACGUCACUCGGAUCAUACGACUGUCCCGGACCGCGCGGGUACCACCCCAAUCUCAACCAGUUACCACUACCAUGAGGCUCCUGUUACCCCUGCUCUCCCUGAGCACCGCGCUUGCAUUCCCGACUGGAGAUCAGGUCGUCUUGAACUUGGGAACGGCGUCUGCAUCCUCAGGGGAAGCCUACCAUGCGGCGAACCUGUGGCUCGACGAUACCAAGAAGGCCAUCCUCGAAGGCAAGAAGAACAUGGAGAAGUGGUUUCACGCUGGGAAAGAGUUCAUCAAGCAGAACGGAAUGUUGUAUGAACUCGUCUCACACCCGUCGCUGGCCGAGCACCAGCUCCGAGUGACGGAACCGGAUCUAUGUGAUUCUUCCGUGAAGCAGUACUCUGGAUACCUAGACAUCGCAGAGGACAAACACUUGUUCUUCUGGUUCUUCGAGUCGCGUAACUCUCCCUCGACGGAUCCGCUCGUUUUGUGGCUCAACGGAGGCCCGGGCUGCAGCUCCUCCACCGGAAUGCUUUUCGAGCUGGGUCCCUGCUCGAUCGCUAGUAGCUCAAACACGACGUUCAACAAGCACAGUUGGACGGAGAGCGCCAAUGUGAUCUUCCUUGACCAACCUGUCAAUGUCGGGUUCUCGUACGCUGAUGACUCAACGUCGGUCAACACCAGUCCGGUCGCCGGCCAGGAUGUCUACGCCUUCCUCGAACUCUUUGUCACUCGCUACCCCAAGUACUCCAAGCUUCCGUUGCACAUCAGCGGUGAAAGCUACGCAGGCACUUAUCUGCCGCAUAUUGCCAGUGCCAUCUGGGAAGGAAACAAGCACGUCGCUCCUGGUUUGCUGAAGCUCAACUUUGAGUCGAUUCUGAUUGGCAACGGAUUGACAAACCCCUCUGUGCAAUUCGGAACUGUGGCCGACUAUGCUUGCAAUGGGCCCUACCCCGUCUUUGACGAACCUGAAGGCGCCCAGUGCACUGCGCUGCGCACCAAGAUCCCAACCUGUCAGCGAUUGCUAGCGAAUUGCGAACGAUUCAACAGCAGAUUCGUCUGCGCUCCGGCGUUGUUGUACUGCAACUCCCAGAUCAUGGGUCCCCCGAUGCAAACGGGUGUGAACCAAUACGACGUGCGCCGCCAGUGCAAUCCGGAAAAGAACGGGAAGCUCUGCUACGAAGAAAUGGUCUGGGUUGAGUCAUGGAUGAACCAGCCGAAGGUCAAGGCGAACCUCGGUGUCGACCCGGCGCUCGAGUUCCAGAGCUGCAACAUGGAUGUUCUGCAGUCUUUCACGUUCCAAGGCGACGGCGCGCACAACAGCGCCCCGUUGUUGACUGAGCUCAUCAACGGUGGUGUGCGGCUGUUGAUCUAUGCCGGCAACGCAG